AUGUCCCCGGUGGACUCCACGGCUCCGCUGCUGCUGGCUAUCACUUUGCAAUCGUCCUGUCGAGCAGCAGGCCAUGAACACGGUUACCCCCGACUCGCCGUCGCCCAGCUACAGCUCCUCUUCUACUUCGCGCUCUUUCCGCCGGAGAACCGGCCGAUGCACGGCGUCGUGCUCUUCCUGCACGGCUCGGGCGACCACUGCCGGCGCUACGUCUUCCUGUAUGAACACCUGUGCGAGGCCGGCUACGGCGUAAUCGCCUACGACAUGGUCAACCACGGCGCGAGCCACUGCGACUCGUCCAAGACGCGCGGACAUGUGCGCAGCUUCCGUCACCUCGUGGAGGACACGAACGCCUUCGUCACGUUCGCCAAGCAAAUCAUCUUCCCUCAGGUUAAAGCGCUCUCUGGCUCACAGUCACCACCGCUCGCCGCGUUCUGGGGCGGGGCCACCGUCGGCAUGGAGAUGUCGAUGGCGUGGAAGCUGCAGGCGACGGUCAUCCAGGCGCUGUCGAUGCUUGUGCCGACUGUGCGGCUUGUGGCGCCGCUGGACUACGAGAUGCUGUGGCGUGAUCCCGCCUACUUGGAAGACUUUAAGGCGGACGCGCUCGCGACCACCGAGGACAUCACGGCCAGGACCAUGCAGCAGACCAUGAGCGCCAUGAACAGACUCAUGAAAGACAAGAGGAUCGAGCAGCCGGGCAGCAACUUCUGCAAGCUGCGGAUGCUCUUCCUCACGGGAUCCGAAGACCACAUCGCCGAUCAGGGGGUGACUCGGCAAUUCUUCAGCCGGCUGGCCAACGUUGACAAGAACUUUGCGGUCUUCGAUGGCAUCUUCCACUGCGUCUUUGAAGACCCGGAGCGAGACGAAGUGGUGGCCUACGUGCUGCGGUGGCUGCGUCAGUGA